ACUACGACGUCACGCGCGCCGCACCGCCAUCUACCGGCCGACGCCACCACGUAGCACACCACACCUGCCUUCGCCUGUACGACGUCGACGAUCGACAUUCACCGUCGCGCUCGCACUAGUGGCACGUAAAAAUAACCUCAAAACGUCCGAUCGUGAAUCAACCAAUCGUCCAAAUAUCGUCUCACGGUUAUUUCGACAGUGACAUUAAAUACAGAUUCAGUGCGGACUGGAACAGUGUUAAUGUGAUAUAACUGAAAGGAGUUCUGGAUUGAUUGUCUUGCAGUGUAUCUUGCGUGUGAAUCUGUCAAUAACGAAAGUUUGUAAGAACAAAAUAAUGUUCGUUUUGGUGGGCUGUCGACGGGCAGCCCCCAAAUUUGGUGCCAGUAUGUGGUGGUAUUUAUUUUUUUGUGUGUUGUAUACCAAAACUAUUGGUGUGUUCAGUUCGAAUACCACUGGAGCAGUUUCUGGCAAUGUGUGCUCGUUAAAGCAAUUCCAGUGUGCGAACGAGAGAUGUAUACCGAUGACUUGGGUGUGCGAGGGAGAAAACGAUUGCGGCGACAACUCAGAUGAAAAUAUUGAGGAAUGCAAAAAAGAAAGCCGCACGUGCACCACGUCGGAGUUCCGAUGCAAAACCGGUCGUUGCAUACCAAUGUUAUGGCGUUGCGACAAUGAGAAGGAUUGCUCCGACGGGUCUGAUGAAGAACCUAGCAUUUGCAAAACGCAACGCACAUGUCCCGAACACAGUUUUGUGUGUGCGGACGGGCAAUGCAUACCCGGCUCGUGGCAUUGCGAUGAUACGCCGGACUGCUCCGAUGGCUCGGAUGAGCACGACUGUGAAGUGGAGGCUUGCGGUCCUGAAGAGUUCACAUGCAGAGGGAAAAGAGGCGAAUGCGUGCCUCUCACUUGGAUGUGCGACGACAACGUGGACUGCUCUGACGGGUCCGAUGAAAAAGCAUGCAAUGAAACGUGUCGAGCAGACGAGUUCACGUGCGGCAACAGCAAGUGCAUACAGCAGAGAUGGGUGUGCGAUGGCGACGACGACUGUGGCGAUGGCAGCGAUGAAGUGAAGUGCCCCACGCCCACUUGCCAGGCGCACAGCCACUUCACCUGCACGGACGGACACUGUAUCACAGCGCGCUGGAGGUGCGACGGAGACAUCGACUGCCCUGAUGGAAGCGAUGAAGCGAAAUGUCCGUCGCCGGCAGUAGUGAUAUCACCAUGCAUUGCAACGGAGUUCGAGUGUAAAGAUCGCAUGACAUGCGUACACAGGGCAUGGGUGUGUGAUGGGGAUCGCGACUGUCCCGACGGUGGGGACGAAUCCCCUGAGAUCUGCCACGGAAACCACACGUGCAGGCUGGACCAGUUCCAGUGCAAAGAUCGCAGUUGUAUUCCUGGAGCGUUCUAUUGUAAUGGAGAAAAGGACUGUCCGGAUGGCAGCGAUGAAGUUAACUGCACCCGACCAAAACCAGUGUGCGAUAAGAAGACAGAAUUCGAUUGCGGUGGCGGAAUGUGCAUACCGUUGUCGAAGGUGUGCGACAAGCAUCCAGAUUGUCCAAAUUUUGAAGACGAGCCUACUAACCGAUGUGGAGAAGACGAAUGUGCCAAAAACAACGGCGGAUGUACACAAAAAUGCGUGGAUACGCCUGUUGGAUACUACUGUGAUUGCGAAAAGGGGUACAAGCUGACUGAUAACAGAACUUGUGAAGAUAUUGACGAAUGCUUAGAUCCGGGAGCCUGUUCUCAAAUCUGUAUUAAUGAAAAGGGCACAUUCAAAUGCGAGUGUCAUUCUGGCUAUGCAAGGGACCCGAGGGAUAGGACGCGCUGCAAAGCGACUGAAGGUCACCCCUCACUUCUAUUCGCGAGACGUUUUGAUAUAAGGAAGAUCAGCCUCGAUCAUCACGAAAUGGUGGCCAUAGUAAAUGAGACGAAGUCGGCUACUGCGCUUGAUUACGUCUUCAGAACCGGCAUGAUCUUUUGGAGUGAUGUCAUAGAAGAAAAAAUUUAUAAGGCUCCAAUUGAUGAAGGCAGUCAGCGGACGGUCGUGAUAGGCGAUCAGCUCAUCACGUCGGACGGGCUUGCCGUGGACUGGAUAUACAACCAUCUCUACUGGACGGACACUGGCAAGAACCACAUCGAGCUAUCUGAUCUGCAGGGCAACAUGAGGAAGAUCCUCAUCCGGGACAAGCUUGAAGAGCCACGUGCUAUUGCACUAAAUCCUCUUGACGGAUGGAUGUACUGGACCGACUGGGGACAAGUACCGAAGAUCGAGCGUGCUGGUAUGGACGGCUCACACAGACAGACCAUAGUAUCCUACGACGUGAAAUGGCCCAAUGGACUCACGUUAGACCUAGUUAGAAAACGUGUUUACUGGGUUGAUGCAAAGCUGAACACAAUUUCAUCGUGCAACUACGACGGGACGGCUCGACGCGUCGUCCUCUACUCCACAGACUUCCUGCGACACCCGUUCUCCAUCACCACCUUCGAGGACUGGGUGUACUGGACCGACUGGGACAAGACUGCUGUUUACCGUGCCAACAAAUUCAAUGGAAAGGAGGUUGAAGCGAUCACGUCUACGCAUGCGCUUCAAAACCCGAUGGUGAUUCACGUGUACCAUCCGUAUCGGCAACCCGAUGGUGUAAACCACUGCGCAGCUGUCAACGGCCACUGUUCACACUUGUGCCUGCCAGCGCCUCGGAUAGGCCCCAACUCGCCUAAAGUUUCCUGCUCCUGCCCCAACGGCUUACGACUCAUGCCUGACAACCAGAUGUGCGUCGAAGACAAUACACUAAUUCCUGAUGUGGAGGUGCAUAAACCUGCUAAUGGUUCAGAGAAAUCUGUAGUAAUUGAGGAAAAGCCUAAGCCCAGUGACCUUCUCUUCAAGUUUGGACGAGCACUCGCCGCAAGUGAGGACAGCACAGAACAGUCUGAGGAGCUGACCGAUCCCGCCGUAGAUCCCAAAGCAGAGCCAAUGAAGGCUUACUGGGAGAGUGAUAAAGAAGACUACAAAAAGAAGAAUCAACCCUUCAUAGACCUGUUUCUUAAAGACGUCGCCUUGGAGAGGAUUCCAGACACAACUGAGAAAGCCAUUAAAGAAUCUCAUUAUAGUUACGACACAUUAAGCCGUGUUUAUUUGCCUGAAGUUCUCAAAAACUUUAAUGCUAAGGAUGUCCCAGAAACAACAAAUAAGGCAGGGUCGGGAAUCUCAAGCAGUGGACGCGAUGCAAGCGUGGUCGCGGGCAUAGUGGUUGCAGUAAUCUCAGGAAUAAUAAUACUCGGAGCUUUGAUCGCGGUUGUCAUGUACCGACAUUACGUGCAUCGUAAUGUCACUUCUAUGAACUUCGACAACCCUGUGUACCGCAAAACUACGGAAAACCAGUUCGCGCUCGAACAGAAUGGCUACGCACCUGGCAGCAAAUUAUACCCAAGUACAGUGGGAGAAGAGAGUCAAGAGCCGCUUAAUACACCUGGUACAAAUGACUUUGUAUAGUGCGCGAGCGGGGAGUAAAUAUAUUAUUAUGUCUUUAAAUGUGAAAAGAAAAAGAAGGACAUGUGAUACUCUAAAAAAUAGUGUAAACCAGUGAACGGGGACGCAGCUAUUAGCUAACUUUAUGUAGUGAACGUUUAUUGUUAGUUUAGUGCAGUGAAAGUCGCGGAGCAUUGGAACAAAGUUCUUUUUGCUAUCAAGCUAUCGUUUACAUGGAACUCAAAAUUAAUAAUAAGUAUAUGAGUUAUUAUAACUUAUAGGAUCUGUCUAAUGAAAGCUGAUAGUGAUUUUUAGGGAUCUCAAAAUGUCAUUUUUUUAAUAACCUCGCCUGGUUUUCAUACUAGACUUAUUUUAAUAAUACAUUUUAUAUACUCAACUAAAUUGCAGGAUUUAUAUUUAUUCGGACUGGUCUAUCAACAUAACAGUUUAAAAUGUGGAAUUUAAAAUGUAACACAGCAAAUAGAAAUCGCGUGACAUCAAUACACAUACUUUAUAAAACACAUAUUUUAUAAAAAUUCUAUAAUAAUAAGUAUGAUUGAGGUAGUCCAGUUUAAAAUCCUGUCUUCUGUUAUGUGAAUCUUCAUAGAAAAAAAUAGGAUUAAUCCAUAGAAUUAUGGUAAUCUCAGCAUACGUAAUUAUAACCAAAAUUAAAUAAAUUAUCAAAUUUAAAACGUUUAUUCGUAGUUAUACAUAGAUUACAAGUUAUAAGUUUUUUAAAACCGCUAUUUCUCGCUAUCAGCUUUGACAAGACAUACUAUGUUUUAAUCUGAGAUCCUGCUUUUGUAUUAUCUACAUGUAUGUAUCACAAUGUACUAGAAUAGAGGCUCGUGUUGGCUAAACUUUUGUAGAAGGAACUGUGAAUAGUUGAAGUGACGCUAUAGCCAAUAGGAUUACAUUAUACUGUGGUGGACAUAUCACAUACUUUUGAAACGGUACCAACGAUAAGAUUUUUUUUUUCUAUGCCUGUCACUCUAAUUUUUCGCCUAUAAAAUUCUCUUUUAAUAUGUCGUGUAAUACUAUGGGCUAUACCUAAGCAAUUAUGCCUGGUGCAUUGCAAUUAUUGAUAGUGUUUAUAAAUUUUUAUAUUCCAUUUUUAGUUAAGGGUUUUAACGCUUUUGUGAGAGACUUUACAAAUCUUUAUAUUAAAUCGAAGAAGCUCAUAUCUGAAAGUAAACACUACUUGGAUUAAUUAGCAUAAAAGAGCACAAACUCUUAUGUAGAAAAAAAUACCGAAGAUGAAAGUUACUAAUUUAAUCAUUUAAAUCUGUUUUUUUAUCUAGAUAAUAAUAUUAAUUUAUUGGAAUUAUAAAUGUUUUAAUGAAAUGUCUAAUGUAAGUUACAUUAGCUGAUGUUAGGCUAUUUAUUACAUCGCUGUAUUUUAUGUGCCAAUUUGUAGUGAAUUCAAUUAAUUAAUCGCCAAAAUAUGAAUGUUCUAAACUAUACUCAUUUUUAUCUCAAUGUAUAUAUUAAUAUUAUAUUCAAAUUGGAUAGUUUAAUUUAUACUGUUGUACAUUAAACGAUUUCGAUAUUAAUUAUUUAUAUAUUUUAUAUAAAGGUUGAGUUGUAUGUAUACCUAUUUAUUGAUCACAACUUAGGCCUGUAUUCGGACAAUGAAAUUUCAAGCAAAAUCCUGCCAAACCCUUUAAAUCUAUAUUAGUUUGUAAUACACUUAUUUGUAAUGUAAUACAAUUACAUAACUUGAUGCACAUUUCAUAUGAUACGCCUAGCUCAAUAAGUGUGGUCACUAAAAUAUUAUGUAAAUAUCGUCAAUAAAAUAUUAUGUAAAAUGUGUUAA